AUGGCAAAAAGACAUAGCCAUUAUCAAGGAAGCAGAAGCAGACAUGCACGUGGUGGUAAUUCCAAAAGAGGUGGCAAAGGGAACGGUAAAGGCCUAGUCGGUAGAAAGAUAAAGAAAAAGUCAGCUUCCGCUGGCGGUUGGCACAACUCGUCUGUACCAUUGGGGGAAGGUGACCUUAAUGAUGUAGGCGCCGACUUCAACCCAGGAAGAGCAUUCAUAUCACCGAAAACCAUAGAAGACUAUUAUUUUGGCCGUGAUGCCAAGAGUCGCUCUAUGAAAAUGGGUGGUUUGAGGCCAGGUAAUCGGUUCGAUUCUUCAACUAAUUUACAAGAAGGAAGAACAGCCUUCCGCAAAAGACCUAUGCAAUUUGUGAAAGCUAAAGAAGUUUAUGAUCCAUCCCAUGAUAUGAUUCAAAAACUAAGAGCAAAGAACCAAACAGAGAGCAGCGAAGAAAUUGUUGAAACGGAUGCGGAAUACUUUAAAGAACCAGAGAAGGUGGCUUCUGACGUCGAAGAUAUUCGCAAUGAGGACAAUAAAAGCGAAGAUGAUGAAAGCGAGGACGAUGAAAACAAAGACGACAAUAGCCGGGUUUUACCUUUGCCAAGCCACUCACUGUCUUCCAAUGAAGGCAAAAUCAAAGACAGCGACCUCUUUUUUGUAGAUGAAGAGGCUCAAGAGGGGCCGGAUCUAAGCAAAAUAAAAAGAGUUCGUAUCGAGGAGAUUCCAAAGCCUAGGGAAGUUGCUAUAGAGUUCGACCCUAUCCUAACAAUUGGAAAGGUUGAACUUAAUAUUUCAGAAAGGAAGGAAAGCGAGGACAUCAGUGUUGACAUUCCAAAUAAAGGUAACGAGACGUAUCAUCCGUUUUCCGGCUAUAUUUCAAGCGUGUUACAUGGCAUACAUAACAGUGAUUCGGACCAUGAUGAACUAGACUAUGAAAUAGAAACAGAAAAUAGUAGUGAACCUCUAUACGAAUCCUCAGAAAGUGUUGAGGUUGAAGACGAGUUUAAUUCUCUUGAACAACGCCGCAAUUCUCGAGGUGAUAAGAAUCUUUUGCCAAGCCCUAGUCCGCAGUUAGCGGAAGAAAUAAAAUCUCUAUCAAUAAAUGGCACCAAGCCACUUGAAAGCCGUAAUGAUAAUUUGCCAUCUCCUGUUAGCGAGGAGUUAGAAUUCGGAUUCAAAGAAGAAGAUUUUGUCAUAAAUACAAAUGAUAUAUUGGUUACCAAUAUAAGAAUGGGUGGAAUGGAUAAUUCAUAUUAUCUACAGUGCUACAGAUUACUAGGGGAUUAUAAUUUUCAUUGGAUCGACCAGGACUUACUCACUGAUUUCGUUGUAGAUGAGUUAGGUCUUCCUGAAUAUAGAUUGCCUGCAUAUUUAGAUUUUAUCAAGAAUUCUCUCAUACCAAAAGUUGAAACAGCUGAGCCAACCUACUCGGAUAUUCCUAUUUCUGAUUCGAGUGACGAAGAGGACAGCUAUGAAGAUGACGAAGAUAUAGAUCCCUCAAUUAUGCAUAGUGACAUGGAAGAGGGUCUAGACGAUCUCAUUGCAUACACAUUGAAACAUGAUACAGAAAGAUUCAAAACCUUUGAAACCAAGUCCCUGGAAACUCAAGGUAAAGGUAAGAAGAAGAAGUUACUAAUAGACGAGUCAUUAGCACUGGAUACAGAAACACUAGAGACGUUGCAAAGCAAAUUUACCAAACGCCUAGAAACUAAAGCAAAAAAAAGAAAAGCCAAGGAAGAUUUCAUUGAUCAAGAAAAUAAAAAUUCAAAUGAUAUGCUUAAGAAAUACCCAUAUGGCCUCCAUAUUCAAAACAUCAAGGAUGAAUUUGAGUCGUUUUUGUCUAAGAACAAAGAUAGGCUCACUUUUCCUCCUUUAGAUCCUCAUGGAAACAAAACCAUAAUGAAAAUCGCGAAGCAUUAUAACAUGAAAAGUUCAAAAAUUGGAAAAGCUAAUCAUACAUCGGUAGUCGUAGAGAAAAUAAAGAAAACGAAAUGGUCUACUCCGAAUCAUAGUCUGAUCGACCAAUUGAUGAGACGAAGGCCAGUAUUCAUGAGAAUAGAUGUAAGAAGACCGAGGGAAGAACAAGCCGCGUUCGAAAGAACUAAAACAAUUAGGGGGAAAUUUCAUGUUAAAGAAGGUGAGAUUGUUGGUGAAAACGCCCCAGAAAUUGGAAACGAAAACAUCGGUAGAAGGAUGUUGGAGAAGCUCGGGUGGAAAAGCGGAGAAGGUCUUGGUAUUCAAGGUAAUAAAGGUAUAAGUGAGCCAAUUUUCGCCAAGAUUAAAAAGAAUAGAUCGGGUUUGAGGCACAGUGAGAGUUAG